CGCUGCGCAUGCGCCUUCGGUGCCCCGGCCACUUGUUUCCUAUCCCGCGGCCGGAGCCGCGGCAAAGGGCCUUGUGUGUUGCGGGGUCUUUCGCUCGGCUUUGGCGCGGCGCGCCGGGACCCCAAGAAAAGAAGCGCUCGAGUAAGUGUCCCCGCGGUCGUGUAGCAUCGGCGCUAGGGCUUUUCCUUCUCGCUAGGCCGGUGCCUCUAGGACGCGGACCCCGCCCCCUCCCGGAGUAGACGUGGCCCCCGCGCCCGCAGCCCGUUCCCGGGCGCCCUCGUGUUCCAGCUUCCCCGAGCCCCGGCCGAGACCAUGAAGCUCGUGAGGAAGGACAUUGAGAAGGACAACGCGGGCCAGGUGACGCUGGUGCCCGAGGAACCCGAGGACAUGUGGCACACCUACAACCUGGUGCAGGUGGGCGACAGCCUGCGCGCCUCCACCAUCCGCAAGGUGCAGACCGAGUCGUCCACGGGAAGCGUGGGCAGCAACCGGAUCCGCACGACGCUCACGCUCUGCGUGGAGGCCAUUGACUUCGACUCGCAGGCCUGCCAGCUGCGGGUGAAGGGCACCAACAUCCAGGAGAACGAGUACGUGAAGAUGGGGGCGUACCACACCAUCGAGCUGGAACCCAACCGCCAGUUCACCCUGGCCAAGAAGCAGUGGGACAGCGUGGUCCUGGAGCGCAUCGAGCAGGCCUGCGACCCCGCCUGGAGCGCCGACGUGGCGGCCGUGGUCAUGCAGGAGGGCCUGGCCCACGUCUGCCUGGUCACGCCCAGCAUGACCCUCACCCGGGCCAAGGUGGAGGUGAACAUCCCCAGGAAGCGGAAAGGCAACUGCUCGCAGCACGACCGCGCCCUGGAGCGCUUCUACGAGCAGGUGGUCCAGGCCAUCCAGCGCCAUGUCCACUUCGACGUGGUCAAGUGCGUCCUGGUGGCCAGCCCCGGCUUUGUGCGGGAGCAGUUCUGCGAUUACAUGUUCCAGCAAGCUGUGAAGACCGACAACAAGCUGCUCCUGGAAAACCGGUCCAAGUUCCUGCAGGUUCAUGCCUCCUCGGGGCACAAGUACUCCCUGAAGGAGGCCCUUUGUGACCCCACCGUAGCCAGCCGCCUGUCUGACACCAAAGCCGCAGGGGAAGUCAAGGCCUUGGAUGACUUUUAUAAAAUGCUACAACAUGAACCCGACCGCGCCUUCUAUGGACUCAAGCAGGUGGAGAGGGCCAAUGAGGCCUUGGCAAUCGACACUCUGCUCAUCAGUGACGAGCUUUUCCGGCACCAGGACGUGGCCACCCGCAGCAGGUACGUGCGGCUCGUGGACAGCGUGAAGGAGAAUGCGGGCACUGUCCGGAUAUUCUCUAGUCUCCACGUGUCCGGGGAGCAGCUGAGCCAGUUGACUGGAGUAGCUGCCAUUCUCCGCUUCCCGGUCCCUGAACUCUCCGACCAAGAGGAUGACUCCAGUUCUGAAGAAGAUUAAUAAUUGGAACUUACCCUCCAGGACACCGGUGUCUGUUACAAUACAUUGUCCCUGAAACCUUGUGACAAAAAGCUGCGAGAGUGCUACAGGGAUUUCUCAUAUAUUUGUUCACCUGAGUGGAUGGUGGAUAUGUGUUCAAACAAAAUAAACUAAAAGAAAAUAAUUCCUGUGCUCUUCCAUUUUUAUCAGUUGAGGUGGUUUUUGUAAGGACUUAGGAGUUAUUUGCAGUACAUAGAAACAAAUUUUCUGUAUUUGAUUACUGUGUUCAGUGAUGCCUUUAUUUAAAAUUGUUUAAUUUGUAUUUCGAAUGGUAAUUAGGUGACUUACAUUGAAGAUGUUGAAAAUGUUUCCCAAGAGAUUUGUUAAGCCAGUUAUACAAAGGAGAACUUUUUUGCUUUAGAGCAGUGUUUCUUAAUUUUCUCAACCUUUUCUAACCAUAGUGGUCCCCUUCCUACCUUGUUCCUUUCUGUGCCCCACCUCUUAUUGACUCUUUAAUUUCUUGCCAUGACCCCUCAUUUACAUAAUUUUCCACUGUGGCUCCCCUUGGACUAUCCAAGGUGAGUAGGAAGUGGUCCCUGUUGAGAUACAGUGCUUUAGAAGACUAAUUUCUGUUAUUUUUGGAUCAUGGAGCUUUGAUCUGCUACAAAUUUGCAAAAUAGUCUAUAUAAGGCAUUUUAAAAAUGAAACUACAGUUUGUAAUUUUCUUGAUACGUGGCUAAUGAGUGGCCAAGAUAGAAAUAUUUUUCUAUCUGGAUUCCAGUUCUUUGCCCUGACACAUUAUUUGUGUGUUUACUUUUUGUCUUGUCUUGGUAAGACAGUGCUAUCAUACUUAAACGUACCUUAACCUUUCUGGACUUUGUCCACACCCUAUUUUAGGGAUAAGAAACUUUGCUAAGAGUAUAAGAAUAAAUCUCUUCACACAUUAAAAUGUAGCAGUUGAGUUUAAAGUGGUAUCUUUAUUAAAUACUUUUUAUGUGCAUUUCUGAGGUGGGAGUCUUAGAAAGGAAUUGUAUCUUUAUUUCAUAGGGGCCUCAAUAAAACAAAUUAUGAAGGCUUCAUAAAAAAGUGAUUGUUUAAAGUUAGUGGUGCUAUUUAAAUAGAAACACAGAUAACUUGCUUGUGCUUUCUAUGCCUGUGGACCAUCAUUUUUUGUAAAUAACAUUGGGAUGAUAUUUUCUGGACUUUUAAAAAUUCUUAUGAAUAGACAGUUUUAUGUUCUUAAAUUUACAUUUAUAUUUUUAUCGUUAUCUCCACAUCUAAAAAAGUGCAUGGCCAUUUCAUAUUUAACUUUUAAAUAUUAGACGUAUGUUAGUAAAUACUUUAAUGUUCUAGACAGAGUCACUAAGAUUUUUAGCAUUAGAGUGUGAUUGGAAGAAAUUUGAAGAAAUCACUCUUCAAAUAUUUGAGGAAUCAAUCACCCGAUCUAUAGAGUACUGAUAAUUAGCAGAGCUGGCUUGUUAAUACUCCUGUUAAUUAUAGCUAGAAUAUAAAAAUUAAAGCAUUUGUUAUUUUAACAAGAGGAAAUAUAAUCCACAGAUAAAUCAGUAUUUGAUAGGCCAUGGUCUUUCAAAUGUUAACUACCCUGUUAACCUGAUCUGCUGAGUUUUAAAACAAUGCUCAGACCUGACCCAGGCUCAGUAAUUUUUCACCUUAGAAGUACAGGGUUUUGUUUGAUUGGUUUUUGGGGCUACACCCAGCAAUGUUCAGGGCAUACUUCUGUCUUUGUGUUCAGACAUCACUCUGUGAAGGGUUGGAAUCUUAUGGCUUGCCCAGGGAAUCAUAUGGGGUGUCAGAGAUCAAACCCAGGUGGGCUGCAGUGCUUCUUGAUGGUCCUAUAGAGUGAUUAUAGUGCAGAUCAAAGCUGUGAACCACUGAUUCGGACCUUGCUAUUCAAAAGUAUGAUCCUUAGAUCUGCAGUAUCCCCUGGAGAUUAUUAAAAACUAGAAUACGUGGCUUUAUCCUAGACCUGCUAAGUCAAAACCUUUAUUUUAAUGAUACCUCCAGUGAAUCCUAUGCAUAAAAUAAUAAACAUUGAAGCUAGAGAGUACAGCAGGUAAGGUUGCAUGUGGCUAAUCUGGGUUUAAUAUCCGGCAUCUCAUAUAAUUCCCUGAACACUGCUAAUAGAGAUUCCUGAGUGCAGAACCAGGAGUAACCCCUGAGCAUCGCCAGGUGUGACCCAACACCAAAACUAAAAGAAUGAAAACAAUAGAAAUAUAAUCUGAUAAAGGCAAUGACUUAUUUUCUCUGUGCUAGUGAAUCUCUGGCAGUGACUGCCAUAGAGAAAAAGAUUUAUGAUCUAAGCUCCUCUAAGAGCUAAACUGGCUAAUAUUCUGUUUAGCUACUGAUGAAACUUCUCCAGUUGAAAACCUGUUCUAUGUAUGCAUAGUUUUUAAAACAUCUUUCAGUGUUUUUCUGCUUCUAGAAGUAGAAAAAAAGACUUUGCUUUUUAAAAGUUACAUCUUAUAUUGAGUUUAAAUAUGCCUGAAUGCAU